AUGGGCUCUUCAGGAACAAGGAAGAAAAUAGUGUUUGCCCAUCCAUGGGUAAAUGUCCAAUCCCUAUAUGGCCUGAAAGAUGAGGCGCACACUGCACUUCUACAUAAGAGGCAGGCCUGGACUCUUAGAUACGGUCAUGCACUUUGUCCCUCUUUUAAGGGCCCAGUACCAACCCCAAAAGUUGCUACGAAGCCACGGCAAAAUGGCCAAGAGCCGAUCGUCCAUUCGACUCCUCUUCGACUACUUGGAGCGAGUAUUCGUAUUCAAGAAAGUUACCAAGAAAGAAGGCCUGUCAGUAAAGCACGAAUCCAGUCGAAAUACAAUGAAAAACAAUAUAUUAACUCCUCACAGAUGCACAGGGUGCUACCAAAAGAUCCCAACAAGCAAACUGUUAACUGCUCCCUGUGA